AUGGGAUUUCUCAACCCGUGGUUGUAUUCUGUGGGCCAAGAUGGAUUCACAGACAUUGUAGAGGGCGGCUCCCGGGGCUGCCAUGGAACGACCGACGCUGGACUCAGCACCCCGUAUGUGCCGGAUGCCGGCUGGAAUGCCACAGAGGGAUGGGAUCCAGCAACGGGGUUGGGAACGCCGCUUUUUGAAACUAUGGUCCAGCUAGCUCUGUUUGACCAUGUUUAG